AUGCCUUCUGACCACUAUGCCAUUCUGGGCGUCAACCCUGACGCUAGUAUCAUAGAAAUUAAUGCCGCCUAUAAACGGCUUGCAUUAAAGUGGCAUCCCGACAAGGCGGGUGACACUACUGCCGCCACCGAGCGAUUCCGUGAGAUCACAGAUGCAGUUGAGAUUCUUCGAGAUCCCGUACGCCGCGGCCAGCUUGACUAUUUGCGGAACAGCGCCAGACGUGCUCAGCAUGAGCCCCAAGGCGGUCUCUCAACCCAAACCUCAGGUGCAUUUGAUUAUCGCUACUCAAGCAGGGAUUAUAAUCAGAGUAGGGGAAGACGCCAUCCUACACACAAAAACUUUAGACACCGCGAUACCUUCGAUGCCCGCAACGAUUCGAACUACAUGCACAGUUUUGGCAACAGUGUUCAUAUGGACCCGAACUCAGAGGAAAACAAGGCCAAACGUGCAGAAUUCAAAGAAGAGAAUGCUCAAUGGGAACGUGACUGGAAAGGCAUUGAUCCUGAGAUGGAGACGCUGCGUACUAAAUUUCGCAUGAGGCCUAGUGAACAUGGCAUUGAUGAUAUGGCGACAGAACCUGGAGAUGACUUUCUACCCGGUGUUCCCCACUGGCAUUCCGAAAGGCCAGGCUUUGAUGACCUAUCUGAUAUCUGCCCAGAAUCUGGAGGUGAUUCUGAUUCCAGCUUGUUCCAAUGCUCUGAGGCAAACUCGGAUGGUUCCGACACGCUUGAAAAGGAUUUGGACGCUGGCACGCAUACUGGCCGCUCCAAAUCUGCAGAAUCUAAGCCUGCCCAAUUCAAGUCUACCGACUGCACUGACUCAAUUUGGGUGGAAGAUGACCUUGAUUUUACUCUUGACAAGAAUAUGACUCGCCUCGACAUGAACGAGGAUAGCUACCAUUUUGACAAACAAAAGUCUACAUAUUGCUUCACUGAACCUGAUUUUGAAGUCAAAGUCACCUACGAGGCUCGUCCUUUCGAAUCCAACGGCAACCGGGAUUCUCACAAAUGUUUUGUCAGCUGUCAUUCUGGCAAAAGCUCAGCUGAUAGUCUCCAAGCUCACAGUCACUCUGCCGACCCUAUUGUCAAUGACCGCGAUACUUCCAAUAUCGCUGAGAACUCAAAUAAAGAUACAUCCACAGGCUUCACAGACCCUAUCGGUAACUCCUCGCCUACCCAACCCAUCGACCAUGCCGCCAUCGAUGAUCUGUCCAAGAAGUACUCAUACAUCGACUACCAAUUGGGAACCAGCGAGUCCAUGAAGCAUCUGGUUCCUUUCUUCCGGCAGAAGGUCCACAAAAACCUUGAGAAGUACACGGCAAAUGAUCUUUAUGGGGAGAUCAACGGAGUUGUCUUGGAGGCAUACAACGGCUGGUUGGAGAAACUGCGACGGUCAGUGAAAGAUGCCGACCCCCUGCAUCUCUUGAACAAACCCAUUGAUUGUGCCCACCUUGGAUCCUGGAAAAAGGAGCUUCAUCGUGAGAAGUGUGAGCGGUGUGGUCUUUGUGCGCCAUUGUACUUACUGAAGUGCCCUGGCUGCGGGCUAAAGGCAUGUGUCCGGUGCAAGUUCACGGACCCUUUCUUUGGGAAGAAGUGA